GAACAGGCCUGUGAUGUGCAGCGUGACUCCUAUUUUUUACAGACAGCUUUCUUGUGGAUGGUAGAACAUUAUAUUUGACUAUGCAUGUCUGUUAUUUACAAGUGUAUUUUUCCGGAGAUGACUGCAGUGUUUGUUUUAUGCUUCCACCUUUGAGUGCUUACAGAUCAGGGAGGAGCAAUUCAGUGUGCUUGAAGCUAUAUGGUAGGUUUAUGAUAUGUCAGGAUUUCAGAUUUUGCCCAACUUAAUAUUUCUUUUCUUUGUGUUCCAGAAAAAGGCAUGGCAUACAAUUAAAACCAUGGUUAACUUACCAGUGAUUAGCCCCUUCAAGAAACGCUACUCGUGGGUGCAGCUGGCUGGGCAUACAGGGAGUUUCAAGGCAGCUGAUAGUGGUAAGAUUCUCAAGCGAUUCUCAGAGAAUGAAAAGGAAUGUUUUGAGCGACUGAUGAAAGACCCACUACGGUCCUGCGUCCCUUGCUUCCAUGGUGUGGUGGAGAGAGAUGGAGAGACCUACAUUCAGCUGGAUGACUUGCUUACAGAUUUUGAAGGGCCGUGUGUGAUGGACUGUAAGAUGGGGAUCAGGACAUACCUGGAAGAAGAGCUGACUAAAGCCCGUGAGAAACCAAAGCUGCGUAAAGACAUGUACAAGAAAAUGAUUGAAGUGGAUCCUCUUGCUCCCACAGCUGAAGAGAAUGCUCAGCAUGCUGUCACCAAGCCCCGAUACAUGCAGUGGAGGGAAACAAUCAGCUCUAGUGCCAACUUGGGCUUUAGGAUUGAAGGGAUUAAGAAAGCAGAUGGAACAUGCAACACAAACUUCAAAACUACAAAGACACAGGAGCAAGUUCUCCAGGUUUUUGUGGAAUUCAUUGAGGGCAACACAACUAUUCUGAAAAAAUACCUCAAGCGUCUGCAGGAAAUUCAUAUCAUUCUUGAAUCCUCAGACUUCUUCAAGCGACAUGAGGUCGUUGGAAGUUCACUACUUUUUGUACAUGAUGGCAGUGGGAAUGCCAAUGUGUGGCUGAUUGAUUUUGGGAAGACCACUCUUCUUCCUGAUGGGCAGAUGCUGGAUCAUAGGAUCCCCUGGCAAGAAGGCAACAGGGAGGAUGGGUACUUGUUGGGACUGGACAAUUUGAUUCGCAUCUUGGAAAGCAUCACGGAAAGAUGAGUUGAAAGUGGCACAAAACUUACAGGGCUGCUUUGUAACUUUCUUCUCUACUGAGAUCACUCAGAAGGAAACUGCUUUGACUCGCUCCCUUCAGACUUCUGAGGUCAUCACAGUGCAGAGGGAACUACAUCCAGAACCCAGCAGCUAGUUAUCAAAAGUACUUUGCAUCAGCCCUCUGUGAACCUGAAUAACUAACUCCAGAUUGGUCUGCAUUGCACCAGCCUCACGUAAGACUGGUCCUCAGAGAAUCAAGAUCUCCAUACUCAGGAAUCACACCAGCAUGAGUCAAGAGGUCUGUAUGGUAAACCAGAAUGAUUCUGAUUUCUGGUAAACUGAUUGGACUUCCAGAUUACCUCUCAGUGAUCCAGAGCAAGUGCUUGGGAAUUGAAGGGAGGAGUAACGAUUUUUCAGGGAACUGGAUAGUUUUGAAACCAGCAGGAGCGUUUCUUUUCUUUCACCCUAAUUCCAAGUCUUCUUGCUCCUGUAUAAACUAUAGGUUGGACUAACAACAGCUGCUGCCUUAUGUUAUGGUGUACUCAAGGUGGAAAUCGAUGAUAAUCAGAAGAAUCCUGGAGCAAAGUGAGACAGCAGUUGUAGUGGCUGUAUGUGGUAACUAUUGAUUAGUCCUCCUCAUCCCCACCUUAGACUCAAUUCACAUCUGUCCAAGAGCAGCCUUUGCUUUUUUAUGUAGCCUCUCAGGAGAUUACAGAUAGUCCAGGGAGAGAGUAGCAGCCUGUUGUCUCCAGGAACAUUUGACUUUUCAAACUGGGUGGGCUGUUGGAAAAGUGCCUAGCUUGGCAGGUUUGGCCUCUUGCAGCUGAACUACAGCUGUGAAAAUCAAUGAUUGCACUCUAGCACUCAGACUGGGGGAACUAAGGGGGUUUUUCAAGGCUUGCUCAUUUUUAACAUAAAACCACUGUACACAUGCACAUACAUGCACACACUAGUAGCCAGUAACCAAUGUGAUCUUUUAAGAUUAUAGUUUGACUAUCUUCUGAUGCACAUGAAAGAGGUGAUUUCUUGACCAUGCUCCUAUUCCCAACUAUAAUGCUGCCACUGAAGUGUGUAGACUUAUAUAAGUACUUUUAUAUAAAAGUGUAUAGUGCAGCAGUCAAGAAAGUAAAGUUCCUGCAUUCACAGCAUUACACUAAGGAUAAUUCCUAGACAUUCCUCCUCCAAUAUAUCAGCUGUUAACUCAGGGCAGUUUGGGGGAAGGAAUGUCAAUAUAUCACAUCCUUUAAUCCCUGUCUGGAAUCACAGGACCACUUUUGGUUUACUCUUUUCUGCUGUGGCCCAGGCACAGCCACAGAAAAUUCACAGUGAUUCACAGUGUUUAAAUUAAAAUCAAGAAACAGUGAAGUGAUACUUCUUAUAAUGGCUUCACAUACCGUUUCUGUCGGUUGCCUCUUGCCACUUUAACAAUUCUAUAAAUAUAACAGCAUAUAAAGACCAUCGGUAUUCACCUGUUCACUUACGUUCCAGGCUUUAAUAUAAAUAUAUGUUGAUGCAGUUGCCAAAAUGAGGACAUGGCUUAGAUUAGUGUUUGAUUAAUUCACUUUUAACAUCUUGAGCUGGUUAUGCACAUCAAUCAGAAAUUGCUGUCUCUUGCGAGUGUCCUGUGCUCAGAAAAGAUUCCAAGAACUUCAUCUAUCCAAGGAUAGAUGAAGGUAACUCGGUGCUUUGGGGAGCAGCUUUUUCAAGAAUAACUAACUGUGACCAUGAGCAAAAAUCCUGUAGAGAUCCUGUAGCUCUGGAAUGAAAUGCAUCUGUAACAUUUGUAAUUUGAAUCAAAGGGAAAUCAAAGAAUUACUUUUGAUAACAGACUCUUGUACUAUGAGAUCAGAUUUGAGAACGUAUUCAUCACCUCUAAACAAAACAGCAGUAUUAAAAAUGCACUUGUGCCCUAAAGGUAAGAGGACAUAGAAGGGGUAUCCUGUGGGAAAUAGUGAGGUAGUGAGGUGUGGAGACGUUUUGUUGUCAAACAGAGGUUGUUUGAAACUGAUAAUUAUUUUGCAGUUCACUGCAAAUUCAGACUUCUUCUGUGGCCUUCUAGAGUCCUUCUCAAUUUAUUUUCAUGAUAGUAUGCUAAUGAACUUUCCACUGUUCUUUGGUAGUUUUUUUUUUUUCCCAGAGGGUUUUUUAGCUAAAGAGUUUGCACUUUUUUCUUUUUUUUUUAAGUUGUGGUGAGCUUCCAGUAUUGAGCAUGCAUGUUAUAAUUUCUGAUGCCUCCUAACUUUGGAAUUCCUGUGAGAUGACAAAUUAAUCUGUGGUGAUUUUCAUACUAUUAAUUAAGAAAAAGUCCUCCUCCUUUUCUGCAGCCAACAGGUAAACUAUCAGCUAGCAAUGCUUAAGGAGAAAAAAGGAGUAAAUAAAUCUCACAGGAGUACCUUUAAUAACAAGGCCUUUUCUCUAAGACUGCAGUUCCAGGGAUUUAGGAAAAAACAACCAAAAACAGAACUGGAAAAGGUUAAAUAAAGUAUAAUGAGACAGGGAGAUACAAUUAAUUAGUGGUUUGCAUAAUUAACUUUUAUCAUGCUUUUUUCUGUUAACACGUGAACCUUUUGCUUCAGUACGUUAUUUUCUGGAUGGGGGUGGGAUUUAGGAGGUAAAAGUUAGCUGAUACUCCAGUGUCACUUGAGAAUGUGUCAUGAACUUUUAGAAUUAAUGUCUUGUUUUAAAGAAGUAGAAGCAAUGUGGUAGCAGUACUUCAAAAACCUGACUGCUGCUAGCACCACCGAGGGUGGUUUGUAGACCUUCAUCUUGGAGAUAACAAGGGAACCUCUUCACAGCUGUGCGGUAGGUGAGAAGAUGGGAGUGGGAGAGGGGAGAAGGAAAACCUCAGCUAUAGCAGUCCUUAUUUAUUUCCUUACUCUGGAAAUUCAUUCUAGAUGCUAAAUAGUUCUAGUAAGUUUGUUUUGAAAUUAUCCUUUGGCUUAUCAAAGGGUUAGAAAGAAGAAACUGCAAUCUAAUAUUAUGCUGCAGCUACAGGAAAGGUGCAAAGGAAGGAGCUUUUCAUUAGCAAAGGGCAAGUAUAGGACUGCAAAUGUGAGGACCGGAGCUCUCAGAGACUGGAGGCUGUGAGAUCAUGAGCAAACGAUCCCAGGAUAAAUUAGAUAACCUUGAUUCACAUCAGAAGUCCCUGAGUGGCUCUUUGUGUACAUUCAUGUGCUACUGUGAGGAAGCAGCAUAGCUUUCUUUUGCUAUGGAGUAAGUUGCCUUGAACAAGCUUACAUUUGUAUGAGAUCAACAUGUGCAGGCAUUUGCCAUAUAAGAGCUGAUGCAUGAUAGCCACGGCACUUGCUCACACACAAGUCCAGGACAUAGUUCUUUAAAUGCUUCCGCUGGGAUAGUGCCUCACUCUGGAGACACUGAAAUCACAUGCGUUUCCACAGCAUGGGAAGAUAGAUAUGCUUGUCCAGGCAUGGAGCAACUAACCGCUGAGUUAGGCACCAAGGUCAUUAAGCUCACUAGUUAGAUGCACCAGAGUUCAGUGUGAAUCUAGCAGUAGGACGUCUCUUCCCCAGCUUUGACAGGGACUUGCGUUUUGGCCUUGGGCAGCUAUCCUUGGCUUCAGCUUUGUUCCUGUUUUACAGAUGAUAAUAGUACCUCCUUACCUCAUAGAAUGGUAUGAGGCUGUACUUCAUUUUUGCCUGCAAGAUGCCGUGAGGUUCUUUGGCAGAAGGUGCAAUAUAAAAAGAAGUACACAAAGAAGUAUAUUGGAUGAGUUUAAAAAUGAUAGGUGUUAAGGUUCCCCAUGGAUAUACAUUUGGAUUAAGUUUAACCAAAGUGAUGCUAAUUAAAUGCCUCUGUAUUUUGCACGUGGAAUAUUCAUUUACCAUCUGAUUCUGAUUCAGUUCCAAUGAUAGGGAAAGAUUUCAAUGGGAUUUGGACUAAACCCGUGAGUAUCUCACAGGGCUUUUGCUUUUUUUUUUUAAUUGGUGUCAUUAUUUUUUGUUAUUCUUACAGUACUGAGAUCAAAUGACCUGUAUUGUCAACAGUGCUUCUCUUCUGAACACUACAAUGCAAUGCUGACUGUGGUCACUUUUGACUGUAUUGGCUGAGUGUUUGUUACUCUUAAGCGUGUAUGCUAAUAAAUACAUGAGACUGAAGGAAAAAAGGGAUCAAUGGUGAUUUGGUCACACAAGAAUAAUAUUUUCUUAAACAGCUUCCCUAUGCAAGGGAUUAAACCUUGUUAUUUCAGUGUUUCUUGUGGUUUUAGGCUUUAGUAUCUACUAUUUCCUGAAAUAAAACUGGUUCUGAGACA